GCUCCCACCUCCCGGGCUCAGGUGCUCCGAGCUCCCGUGCUCCCAGCUCUGCUGCUCCGGUGCUCCGAGCUCUCGUGCUCCGAGCUCCGGCGCUCCAGGCUCCGAGCUCCCGGGCUCAGGUGCUCCGAGCUCCGGUGCUCCGAGCUCUGCUGCUUCGGGGCUCCGGGCUCCCGGGCUCCGGUGCUCCGAGCCCCCCUGCUCCGGGCUCAGGUGCUCCGAACUGUGGUGCUCCGAGCUCCGGUGGUCCGGUUGUCCGAGCGCCCGGGCUCCCGUACUCCAGUGCUCUGAGCUCCAGUGCUCCGGUGUUCCAGGCUCCGGUGCUCCGAGCUCAGGUGCUCCGAACUGUGGUGCUCCGAGCUCCAGGGCUCCGGUGCUCCGAGCUGUGGUGCUCCGGGCUCAGGUGCUCCGAGUCCGGUGCUUCGAGCCCUGGUGCUCCGGUUGUCCGGGCUCCCGGGCUCCGGUGCUCCGAGCUCCGGUGCUCCGAGCUCUGCUGCUUCGGUGCUCCGGUUGUCCGAGCUCCAGUGCUCUGGUGCUCUGAGCUCCCGUGCUCCGGUGCUCCCGGCUCAGGUGCUCCAGGCUCCCCGACCGAUUCCUCCACCGCCCGCGCCCCGGGGCGAGGUGCCAAGUACCCUGUGCGGUGCGGUGCGGUGCGGUGCGACCACAAAGCGGAGCGCGCUGACAGCCCCCGCAGCUGCUGCGCCAGUUCUGAGCCUGAACUGCAAGUUUCACCCUAGGAAGAGACGCAUUGCACAUCUUCUGUAUUUGACCAGCUUUUGGGCUGAUCCUGUGUCCUUAGUGUGUUGAGACCACAUUUUCAGGAACAUUGGGAAGUCAGUUCCUGUCUACAAGGAGCUUACAAUUAGAAGACAAGACAGAUGAAAUCAUAAGGCUGGAAAUACCCUUGGGAGAGUCUUUAAUUUGUUUCAACCCCCUGCACUGCCAAACAGGUGGGUGGAAAGCCGGAGAUCAAAAUGACCGAGCGCUUCGACUGCCACAACUGUCGGGAGUCCCUCUUUGGCCAGAAGUAUAUCCUGAGGGAGGAGAAUCCCUACUGCGUGGCCUGCUUUGAGAGCCUCUAUUCCAACACCUGUGAGGAGUGCAAGAAACCCAUCGGCUGCGACUGCAAGGAUCUGUCAUACAAGGAUCGGCACUGGCAUGAAUCCUGCUUUCACUGCUUCCAGUGUAAGAGCUCUCUGGUGGACAAGCCUUUUGCAGCCAAAGAGGAGCACCUACUCUGUACUGAGUGUUAUUCCAGGGAGUACUCUUCCAAAUGCAGUGGGUGCCUGAAGACUAUAAUGCCAGGCACCCGCAAGAUGGAAUAUAAAGGCAACAGCUGGCACGAGACCUGCUUCAGCUGCCACCGCUGCCAGCAGCCCAUUGGCACCAAGAGUUUCAUUCCCAAAGACAAUCAGAACUUCUGCGUGCCCUGCUACGAGAAGCAGUUUGCCAUGCAGUGUGUCCAGUGCAAGAAGGCCAUCAUCACAGGCGGAGUCACCUAUCGGGAACAGCCUUGGCACAAGGAGUGCUUCGUCUGCACUGGGUGCAAGAAGCAGCUGUCCGGGCAGCGCUUCACAUCCCGCGAUGAGUUUGCCUACUGCCUGAACUGCUUCUGCAACUUGUAUGCCAAGAAAUGUGCCGGAUGUACCAAUCCCAUCAGCGGCCUGGGCGGAACCAAAUACAUCUCUUUCGAGGAGCGGCAAUGGCACAACGAUUGCUUUAACUGUAAGAAGUGCUCUCUGUCACUGGUGGGGCGUGGCUUCCUCACAGAGAGGGAUGACAUCCUUUGUCCGGAGUGUGGAAAGGAUAUCUGAGAUUCUUGACAGAGAAAGCCGUGCUUGUAAUACGUAUAGCCGUUUUCUGAAGUAGGUGAUGUCACGUACUAGCUUUAAUGGGCCACGUGAAGACUUUUCUCUUGUGUUUUCAGUGGGAUUCACACCUGUUAACCUUUCUCUCUCUCUCUGUCUCAGGCCAGCCAAGUCUAAGAAUUAGCAAACACUUUUACAAUCUCAAGGUGAGGAAGUGGUUGUUGAAUUAUCAUGAAUCCAGAUAAGAAUAGGGAGAAUAUUUUGGAUAUUAUACUCUGUUUUCUUCACUUAAUAGUUGAGAAAAAUGGCUCAGAUAUCAGACGAGAGCUAAAACAAGAUUACGUUAAAAUCUUUCUAGCCUAUGUGAGGUUAAACCAUAUAUAUGGAGAUUCGGCGUUCACCGACGGUGUAAUUACAUGUGAUGUAACGUGUAGAGCAAGGUCAUGUGACGUAAUUUACCAAUAAUCAAACCUUGUGCCAUGGACGAUAAGUGUGUGGAAUGAUAAUUAAUCAUUAAAGGUGAGUGUUGUGUAACCAACUCGUCUUUAUUGCAUGAUCUGGGGAAGUCAGUGGGUGAACUGCCAAUUCAGAAUAACUGUGUCAGUAGUCAUUGCCAUUGCAUCACACCUUUUAUUUUUCAAUAAAAUAAAAAUGUCACACCCAA